ACUUUACUUGACCUCCUCCCCUCACCCUUAGCAAAAAUUUUCAAAAAAAUUUAGACACCCCCUUCCUUAUUUUUUUAACGUUAUUAAUGGACAGCCCGUAGACGAAAAAAGUGAUAUAUUAAAAACGUUAGGUUGAACACUUUUAUUUACAGUUGUAAAUUAUAGUUACAUUUAUUGUACUUCCAGCAUGACACCACGCAUGGAGGAAAGCAAGUGGUAUCAGCUCUUGAUAUUUUCUGUUGAGUAUUCAGCAGUACUUGAAGAUCCAAUUCCAGAUGAGGAUCAGAUGAAUUUUGAUCCUGAUAACCCUCACCUUUGGGGAAUAUCUGUUCCAGCUGUAUGCGCUUUAAUGACAUCGAAGGUUCUAUACAAGCUUGUUUUUUCCAAAAUAAAAGAAGUUUUAGAUUUCUCUCCAGUCACCAUUAUGUCAGAUUUUGAACGAGGACUACAGAAUGCUUCAAAAACAACUUGGAGUGAAAGCUUGGUGAAUGGUUGCAGGUUUCAUUUCGAAAAUGCAAUCACCAAGCAAUUAGCAAUUCUUGGUCUUCAGAGGGAAUACCGCCACCAAAUUAAAGUAAAAAACUGCGCACGAAAAGUUUCAGCACUUUGUCUCCUUCCUGCAAACAAAAUAUUGGUUGCUUGGGGAUAUCGAGUUAUUGAGAUUGCACAAUUUAGUCGGGAAAUCAAAAUCAAACUACUUGCUUUUAAAAGGUAUUUUGAGAGUUAUUGGCUCAAUAUAGUGACUCCAGAAGGAUUCAGUGUUUAUGGCUUGAACCACAAAACCAAUAACAAUGCAGAGAGUCUCAAUAGACGUUUGAAAUCAAACAUGGUGACCGACAUAGAGGAUUUUGGCGGUUUAUGAAAUUGCUUUACCAGCAUGUAAUAGUCCAUACAAUUCAAGAGCUUCAACAGCUUGCCUGCAAUCAGCCAGUCCGCCGUGACCAACGCGACUAUGGUGCAAUUGAAAAAAUGCGUUGUUUUGAGAAAAAAC